AUGAAAAACAACUGGAAACUAUUCCUUUCAUGUGCUUUGAUCCUGCUUAUUCUACAGCCUCUCUUUGGCCUCCCCGCCCUAAAACGGAAACGUCAGAAAUAUAAAGUUUUAAUCCUCGGAGCCGGUUCUGCUGGCAUUACAGCUGCUAAAACGUUGUACGAUAGAGGCAUCAGGAACUUCCUCGUGUUAGAGGCUCAGGAUUACAUUGGAGGGCGAAUGAAGUCAGUGCCCUUUGCUGGUAUGAAGAUAGAGGAAGGAGCCAACUGGAUUCACUACGUGGAAGAGAAGGACAAUCCCCUUAAUCGAUUGAACAAAAAGUACAACUUGACGGGACAUCUGUCCAAUUAUAGCGAUUUCUGUAUGCGAGAUGACUUUGAGAACGACAUCACUAAUUUGAAAACGUUCCAUCUGUGGGAGAAAGUUCGUGACGAACUGUUUGCAGAGGGGGAAAAAAGGGAUGAAUCGGACCCCCCACCCAGAGACAUGCCUGCCUCUGUUUACCUGAAGAUGCGCGCAUGGCGUUCAGAUUCCCCGGUGAAGAGGACCUUCUCCUGGUUCAACAUUGAUUUCGAGUACGGUGGAGAUGAAACUGUUACAUCCCUUAAUAACAUGGGUUUUCCGGGAGAAGAUUUCUUUAUCACUGACCAGAGAGGAUACUGGACCCUCUUCAGUGACUUUUAUAUGCGGUUUAGGGAGAAGAUUUUGCUAAAUAAGCCUGUUACCAAGAUCUACUACUCUGAUAACAGCGUUACAGCCACCACAGCCGAUGGAGAUGAGUUUAUUGCAGACUACGCCCUGUCAACCUUCAGUUCUGGAGUGCUGGGCAGUGGCUUAGUUGAGUUUGACCCUCCUUUCCCCAAAUGGAAGUUGGAAGUAAUAUAUCGUUUCCGUCCAGUUUACUUCACUAAGAUUUUUCUUAAGUUCCCGCGAGAUUUCUGGGAUGAUCACGAGUGGAUUAUGCACGCUGGCAAGAAAAAGGGCGAGUUUCCAACUUUCUAUGACCUAGAUCGACCUGGUUUCUUCCCUGGCACAGGUGUUUUGUUUACAUCGGUGACUGGUGAUGAAUCACUCAGAAUUGAGGCGCAAGACAAUUCCAAAACGAUGAUAGAAGUGAUGGCCACUCUGAGGAAAAUUUACGGCGAAAACGUUCCUAACGCUACAGACAUCCAUGUCAGCAAGUGGUCACAGAAUCCAUAUGUGAGAGCAGCUUGGACAGAUCCAGUAGUCGGCACAAGUUGGGGUCAUUAUGAGAACAUGGCUGGUCGGCUUGGCAAUCUCUUCUUUGCUGGGGAGAGCACCAGCUCUGAGUGGAUGGGGUUCGUUCAGGGUGGAUACUUCACUGGACAAGCUAAGGCCAAGGAGAUAAUCAGCUGUCUGAAGGGAAAGAAGUGUAAGCCAUACCGAAAAGCGAAGAAAUAUGUUAAGUGAGACGUAACAACAGCGAGUGACUGAGAAUGUUUGUAAACGUGUGCUGGUGACCCUCAAA